GGGACAUGUAGUCUGGCGACUCCGCCCUGCUCGCCAUUCCUAUAAUGGCUGCUUUCCGUCAGGCUGUGUCACGGGUAACCUCUUAGCCUCAGCAUCCGGAGCUCGGGAAGAGAGAAAAUUUCAUUUUGGAUAGAACUUUGCAUAUACCAUUGUUUUGAAAAGUUCAGCCCUCAAGAUCAAAACAUCAUGAAUUCAGUGUCAACACAAUUGAUCUUAGUCCUGACUUCCCUGCUUUUGGUUCUGCCUGCUGUUGAAGCAGUGGAAGCUGGGGAUGCAAUUGCUCUGUUACUCGGUGUGGUUCUCAGCAUUACGGGCAUCUGUGCAUGCCUGGGGAUCUAUGCAAGGAAGCGAAAUGGACAGAUAUGACUCUGAAGGGCUCUUCUGAAUUAGACUUCACCCUGACUGCACUGAAAACCAUUGUGCUCUUGAGGCCAAACCCAAUGUUUUGUUUGGUCUCUUCUGUUCCCACCAAGAGAAUUACCAUUCAGAGAGUGGUUUCUUGUUCUUAGUUGUUUCCUAUAAGAUGGGAGCAGAUGAAGGUGAAGAGGGGCUCUUCACAACAGAGCGCACAAACAAUGUGGUCUAUAAUUUGUAUUUGCUGCUUGGGAAGGGGACAAAAUAAGAGGGCUUAAGUUUGCAUAAAUAUUAUGUCAUGCUUUCGAAUUGUCAAAGCACAUGAAAUUGGAAGAAGGAAGUGUUUGCUAGUUAAUCAAUACUGCUAUUAUAAUCACUGCCUCUUGAAUUCUGGGAAUCUUUUCUCCAUUUCUCUCUUGUUUAUUUUGUUUUGGCUCUUUUUUUUUUUUUUAAUGUUUCUGCUUUAUCUCUCCCUAGUUGAUAUUGUACUUAGAUAUUAAGUAGCCAAAAAUUGAAAUUUUUAUGUCUGAGAAAAAAUUUAAUAAAAAUUUACUGAACAUAUCUAAUACUAAAAUGGGAAAA